CAAACACCCAGGGAGUGGGAACCCUCUGGGCUUGCGCAGGGCUACGUAGAGGAGCACGGCCAGAGGCAAAACCCAAACCGCUUCCUUCCCCUUCGGCACGGAGGGUUUCCAGGGCCCCACCAAGUUGAGCCACACCGAGCCGCACCUUGGAGGGGGACGAAGCCACUCGCCAUGGCUCCGCUGACACAGGCGCUGCCUCUUGCCUGCCUGAUGCUGCUCCUGCUCUGCAGUGCCCCGGGUGUGGGUGCCCAGGCAGAUCAGGGCUUCGAGCUGCGACAGCCCCAGAAGAAGAUGUCGGUGAUCGCAGGGGAGACGCUGACCCUGACCUGCACCGUGACUGAAGGGGGUCCCCUCGGCGCCGUGAGGUGGCUGAAGGGCUGGGGCAGCGGCAAUGAGACCAUUUAUGACCAGAAAGAACCCUUCUCAUUCCGUGGGACGAUGGCAGUGGAUGUGUCCAACACAGACUUCACCAUCCUCAUCAGGGACAUUCGCCCCGAGGAUGCCGGCACCUAUUACUGUGUGAAGUUUCGCAAAACAGCCACCGGUGAAGAGUUGUAUCGGCGUGGCGAGGGCACGGUGGUGUCGGUGCAGGCCAGACCCUCCAACCCGACUGUGUACAGGCCCACCCGCCGAGUGGAGCUGGGGAAGACGGUGUCCAUCACCUGCAAGACUGGGGGGUUCUUCCCCAGUGACAUCCAUGUGAAGUGGUUCAAGGACAGGGCUCCGAUUCAGUCUCAGCCGAUCCUCAUCACCCCUGGGCCAUCGAACUUCACCUACAACAUGUCCAGCACUGUGAAGUUGACGCUGCAGAAGGACGACAUCCGCUCAGAGCUCACCUGCGAGGUGCGGCAUGCCACGCUGACGGCCCCGCUGACGAGGAGAUACCGGCUGGGCCACAUCCUGCGAGUUCCCCCCAGCGUGGUCGUGGCUCAGUUUCCGGACCCCGUGGGGCUGAACAAGACGGUGAACUUCACCUGCGACAUGCAGGGGUUCUACCCGGGAAGCGUGACCGUGACCUGGCUGGAAAAUGGGAUGGAGAUGAACACAGGGAGCCCCCCCCGGCCGACGGAGACCCCCGAGGGCUUGUUCAAGCUGAGGAGCACGGUGCAGGUGCAAGCCGUGCAGGAGAAGAACAUCUCCGUGUUCACCUGCCGGGUGGUGCACGAGGGCCAGGACCCCAUCAGCAGGAGGGCCGUGCUGUGGGUCGCUGCCUCAGACCAGCAGGGACCCAGCUCGGAAGGUGCCCAUCUCCUGUCCAGCCCCGGCCUGUGGCUCGGCAUGCUGCUUGAGAAGGCGAUCCUCAGCCUCGUCCUCUUCUUCCUCUUCAAGCACUGGCAGGCCUGAGGAGGGGCCAGCGCGGCACAGCGAGGCCACCGAGACGGGAGCGACGCAGGAGAGCGUUGUCAGAGCUCCGUCACCUCCGAGCUGAGCACGCCAAGCUUGGGCUGGCGGUGCUGCACAAGCAGACCCGCUGCUUCUUUUGGGGGCCCUGCACCACCGCCCCUGCUGCCUCCCCCCGCUGCCUCCUCGGCCCCCGGCAGGGUCCCGUCCCUUGGCAGCUCCCUGGGCCGGGGGUCCCGUUCCCCCCUGGCUGUCCCCAUCCCCUCGCUGCGCUGCUCCACACGUGGUUAUCGCCAUCAAUACAAAUCCUUGCAAAAAUCA